CCUUCAUAUAAGCAGUGAAGUGUCGUGAAUUCCGUCAUUUAGCCUUGACCAUGCGUUGGUUCCCUUUCGUUCUAUUCCUCGUUGGUGCGUCCUGCGACGACUACGUCGACGAGGUCCAAGGCCAGUGUUACUCCAACCCCAAAUCUUCCUCCUGUGCCAAAUACCAACUCGUUAAAUACAUUGACGAUUAUCGUCCCCAGGAGUGGAGUUUAACGCGUGAAGUGAAACUGAUUUCGAUACCUGGAGCAAACGUAAGUGCCGUCCACGCCGGAAGAUACCUAGAGACCGACACCGAAGGGGUGAAAUUGUUUAAGUAUUUGAAACGAAAAGUAGCGAAAUUUGUACGUGAGCAAGGGUUGGCAGUGGAUUUGCCUGAAGAAGCGCAAGUGGUUAAAACAGUUGGAUCCGGUAGAGGCAAGAAAGAGAAGAAACAAAUCAUUCUGCCAAUUUUAAUCUUGAUCAAACUAUUCAAAGUUAAAAUUUUGGUGACUUUGGCGUUAGCCGGAAUUAUCUUCAUCAAAAAAAUGCUCCUAGUGGCCGCUUUCAUUUUGCCGGGAGUUGUAGCAGCGAUUAAAGCACAUUGCAAAGCGCAACAGUUCCAUGUGGUACCAUAUCAUGUCAAUGAGGAUCAUUACACCCACGACCAUGAGCACGAAGACGAAGGAUAUGCUAUUUCGGGCUAUGGAGGUGACAAACAUUUCUGGGACAAGAAGCGAUAUUCAUUUCUAUAAUGGAUUAUGAAAAAUUGGAGGCAAAGUAACGGUUGCCACUUUUUUUGAUGACUAGUCCAAUAGUUUAUUAAUCCCAAAGACGGAGCACUCAAAAAAAGAAGAAUUUGAAGAUGGAAUUUUUUCGUAACAGAAAAUUUUAAUUGGUUGGACAAGUAGGACUUAACAUUUUAUUUAUUUUCACAAAAUAGUACAAGACUGAAUAAUACUAACACUUAUUUAUUGAUUAACUUAAUUUAUUGUAAACUUAUCCGAAUAAAACAUUUACGAUAUGAAUUUA